UUUCAAGACUCUCUCGCUUCUUUCGUCCCUCACGAAUAUCUCGUCCACCACCGCUUCCAAAGCCAUUAACACCACCAGCGGACCAUAAACUUACCGGCCAAUACCCAUCUCAGGAGGAAAUGCUCAGAUACAUGUAUCUAAGUGCGAUUAAAGAAGAUGAGGCAUAUGCCAAAAGAUGCUGGUUCUCCAGAAUGUUCGGACCGCCACGCAGACCAUAAAACUUGGGACUGAGUCACAGUAAGACUCAUGUCUGAAGCAUUCUUACUAAGUUACUCCUUGAUGGCUGGUGUCCAAACUGUGGAGAUUCAAUAUUGGGGGCAUCUGGUUUGGGAAAAAGACUCCCCCGAAAACAUGGCCGAGAAUAUCACCGUUGAACCGCACCAUUCAGAAUCCCUGGGGAGUCUUUGUUAGUUGGCUAUUUAUCUUGUAUCGUCUAUCGCUAGCCUCGGCUUCUAGCAGUAAUAAAUUAAAGCUGAACCCUUCUCUAAAUAUUCAUUGUCUCUCAUCAACCCCUCAUUCACUUUAAAUUGCCACUCCACUAUCAUCAUGCCUGAUCAAAUUCUUGACGAUAUUUCUCACCGUCGAUACAAUCCCCUCACGGAUUCAUGGCUGCUUGUAUCACCUCAUCGCACGAAGCGACCUUGGCAAGGCCAGCAAGAAGCUGCUGUCGCAUCAAAACUUCCAGAAUAUGACCCCAAAUGUUAUCUCUGUCCCGGUAACCCACGAGCUGCUGGCGACCAAAAUCCGAAUUACGAAAAGACUUUUGCCUUUGUAAACGACUACAGCGCCGUCAAGCAAGAGCAGCCAGAUUAUGAUGCGAAAGCCUCAUCCAAUGACCUGGAAUCUCUUCUCCUUCAAGCUCAGGGUGUUAAAGGCGUGUGUUACGUGCUCACUUUCUCACCCAAGCACCAUGUUACACUGGCAGACAUGACAGCUGACGAGAUUGUUCCCGUCAUUGAGCACUGGACUCGAAUUUACGCCAAUCAUCUGACACCGUCAAACCCUCGGGCUGCCGAAGCUGACAAGCUGGCUAUUUCUAUGUCAAAGGACGCUGCACCUUCUCCUGAGGAGCAGUAUAGAUAUAUGCAGAUCUUUGAGAACAAGGGCGCUGCUAUGGGCUGCUCUAACCCUCAUCCUCAUUGCCAGGUCUGGACCACAUCAACCAUGCCCGAGGAACCUGGCAAGGAGCUUGUGCAAAUGAGCAAGUACCGAGAGCAACACGGCGGCCGACACCUCCUCGGCGAUUAUGUCAAGCUUGAACUCGAGAAGCAAGAACGAGUUGUUUGGGAGAACGAUGCUUUUGUGAUUGUAUGCCCGUGGUGGGCUGUAUGGCCUUUUGAAGUCCUCGUUCUUCCUAAGCGACACAUCCGAUCUCUUCUCGAUUUCAAGCCCGAGGAACGACUCCAAUUUGCCGAAGCCAUUCAAGAAGUCACCCGACGAUACGAUAACUUGUUCGAAUGCAACUUUCCCUACAGUUCUGGCCUUCACCAGGCGCCUCUUGACGGAACACCGGAAGAGUUGGAAAGCGCAUAUUUCCACAUGCACUUUUACCCACCUCUGCUGCGUUCAGCCACCGUCAAGAAGUUUCUCGUUGGAUAUGAGCUUCUGGCCGAGCCUCAACGUGAUAUCACUCCUGAGCAGGCCACAGUUCGUUUGAGGAAUUGUGGAGGAGAGCUAUACCGCAAGAAUCUAUAGGAAUAAAGCCGGAGCAUUAAAACAUUAAAAUCUAGACUUUUUAUCUAAAAACAAGUCGCCGUCGUACUGGUUCCAGGGCAUCUAGUAUUUGCCUGCCAUGUGUAUAU